AUUUUUCUUUCGCCUCGCCCAAUCCGAUCAGAAGUGGCAGCAGGAGCGAAGAGGAGAGGCGAUGAUGGAGAGCAGCAGCAGCAGCAGCAUGAUGAUGCAGCGCUUCUGCCACCGCCGCCGCCUCCUCCACCUCCUCCGACCCCCCACCUCCUCCUCCUCCUCCAACGGCGCUCUUCUUCGCCUUCCCCGACCCCAAUCUCGCCUCCUCCCGCAGCCUAUCCGAUCGAGGAAGCGCUCCUCGUCGUCAUCGGCGGUCGCCGGCUGGUUCUCGAUGGGGUUCGGGGCGAAGAAGAAGAGCGGCCAGUUGCCGGAGAUCGUGAAGGCGGGCGACCCCGUCCUCCACGAGCCGGCCCAGGAGGUCGCCGCCGCCGACAUCGGGUCGGAGAAGCUGGAGAGGAUCAUCGACGACAUGAUCGCCGUCAUGAGGAACGCCCCCGGCGUCGGCCUCGCCGCUCCCCAGAUCGGCAUUCCCCUCAAGAUUAUUGUUCUGGAAGACACUAAGGAAUACAUUAGUUAUGCUCCUAAGAAGGAAAUUGGAGCACAAGAUCGACGCCCCUUUGAUCUUUUGGUCAUUCUGAACCCGAAGCUUCAAAAGAGAAGUAACAAGACUGCACUGUUCUUUGAGGGAUGUUUGAGUGUCGAUGGGUUUCGAGCAGUAGUGGAACGGCACCUCGAGGUUGAAGUCUCGGGUCUGAGCCGCGACGGGCGUCCGAUCAAGAUUGAAGCAAGUGGUUGGCAGGCACGGAUCUUGCAGCACGAAUGCGAUCACCUGGACGGCACAUUAUACGUCGAUAAGAUGGUGCCGAGGACCUUUAGGACGGUUGAGAAUUUGGAUUUGCCUCUUGCUACGGGUUGUCCAAAACUCGGUGUUCGCUAAUCGAAACACUUGCUUGAACAGGGAGCUUAGCUUAUCUUGCAAAUGAAAAGCUCUGUCGAGGUAGUUAUGUUAGUUUGGACUUUCUUGUGAUAGUUGCUCCAUGAUCUGCCUUCGGUCAAAGAAGCCUACCUAGAGAACAUGUAUUUUUACUUUUAGGGAAGUACAUUUCUUGUUUACUGCAUCAUUUACUGUAUUAACAUUCUUUUCUUUUCAGCCUUCUUAAAUUCAUCUCCAAUUC